AUGUCCGCUACACCGUCAACGGCACCAACACCGCCGGCAGCGGCGACGGAGUCCAGCAGCGGCUUCAGGACGCACCAGUUCUCGCGUCACUUCAACGGCAACAGCGUGCAUUUCCUCGUGCUUCGCAUGGAGUCGAGUUUUUUCCUCUGGGUCGGCUCGCAGAGCGGCUGUUUCAAGAACCUAUCGGUCGCCAUGUCGACGGCAUUCGAGAAAGCGCCCACGGCGUGCUCCCUCAUGGGCGACGCCUCCGACCUGACGUCCAAUGCGCUGGCCGCGAAACUUGCUAAGCGAACGGGAGACCGUCAGGUGUUCGUGAGUUAUAACGUUCCCAGCACCGACGCGGCCACUGUGAACUUCGUGCACGAGUCCAUCCUCGAGGAGAUGGUGUUAAAGCCGGACAUGUUCCACUGA